AUGACAGAUUAUUGGGUUGAGUAUUUAGAUAAUCCUACAUUAUCAGUGCUACCUCAUGAUUUUUUAAAACCAGCUAAUAAUAAAUCUGUUGAAGGAAGUUAUACUUUUACCACUAAAGAAGUUUCAGAUUUUACAACUGGUUUGGCAAUUUUUGCUGCAUUAGUUUAUAGAUUAACUGGAGAUGAAGAUAUCGUUAUAUCUACCGAUAAAGCAGUUGAAAAUCCUGAAUUCAUAAUAAGAUUGAAUAUAACUCCAGAAUUAAAAUUCAAUGAAUUAGUUGAUAAAGUUAAAAAGGAAUACGAUCAUAAUCUUAAUCAAAUUAAUUACAAUACUUUAUCAGAAGUUUCUCAAAGAAUUAAAAAUUUCAAGAAAUUAGAAGAUAAUCCAGAAUUAUUUAAAUUAUCAUAUCAGCAUGAAAGCCCUAAUCAACAAUUGAAUACAACGGUUGAAGGAUCAAUUCGUGAUUUAGCUAUAUAUACUAAUGGAACCGAAUUUACAAUUUUUUAUAAUGCAUUAAUAUAUUCAAAUGAAAGAAUCAGAUUAUUGGGUGAACAAUUUAUACAAUACACAGAAGCAAUCAUUGAAAAUCCAAAUGUUACAAUUACAAAAGUCAAUUUAGUUACACCAACUCAGAAAGCACAAUUACCGGACCCAACUCUUGAUUUAGAUUGGUCAGGUUAUAGAGGAGCUAUACAAGAUAUUUUCCAAAAAAAUGCAUUGGAUCACCCAGAAAGAACUUGUGUUGUUGAAACCAAAUCAUUUAUGGAUCCAAAUUCGAAAACGAGAACAUUCACUUAUAAACAAAUAAAUCAAGCAUCAAACAUAGUUGGAAAUUAUCUAAAAGAAACAGGAAUUAAAAAAGGUGAUAUCGUAAUGAUUUAUGCAUAUCGUGGAGUUGAUUUAAUGGUUGCAGUUAUGGGUGUUUUGAAAGCUGGUGCUACUUUUUCAGUUAUUGAUCCUGCUUAUCCUCCAGCAAGACAAAAUAUUUAUCUUUCUGUUGCUAAACCAAAAGGUUUAAUUGUUUUGGAAAAAGCUGGAACUUUAGAUGAUUUAGUUACUGAUUAUAUUAAAGAUGAACUAGAUGUCAUUACAACAAUACCACAAUUAAAGCUUGAAGAUGAUGGAUCAUUAAUAGGUGGAAAAGAAAAUGGUAAAGAUGUUUUAAUUGAUUAUGCCAAAUUUGCUGAUGAACCGACUGGUGUGAUUGUUGGACCAGAUUCAAAUCCAACAUUAUCAUUCACAUCAGGUUCUGAAGGUAUUCCAAAAGGUGUAUUAGGUCGUCAUUAUUCAUUAGCAUAUUACUUCCCAUGGAUGGCUAAAAGAUUUGGAUUAUCUGAAAAUGAUAAAUUUACAAUGUUAUCAGGUAUUGCACAUGAUCCAAUUCAAAGAGAUAUGUUUACUCCAUUAUUUUUAGGUGCUCAAUUAUUAGUUCCAACAGCGGAUGACAUUGGUACACCUGGUAAAUUAGCUGAAUGGCUGGCAAAUUAUGGAGCAACAGUAACUCAUUUGACACCAGCUAUGGGACAGUUGUUAAGUGCACAAGCUACAUCUGCUAUUCCAUCAUUGCAUCACGCAUUCUUUGUUGGGGACAUUUUAACGAAAAGAGAUUGUUUGAGAUUACAAAGUUUAGCAGAAAAUGUAUAUAUUGUUAAUAUGUAUGGUACCACGGAAACUCAAAGAUCAGUAUCAUAUUUUGAGAUUGAAAGUAGAAAAUCAGAUCCAACUUACCUAAAGAAUUUGAAAGAUGUUAUGCCUGCUGGUACUGGUAUGUACAAUGUUCAAUUAUUAGUUGUAAAUAGAAAUGAUACAUCACAAACUUGUGGUGUUGGAGAAGUUGGUGAGAUAUAUGUACGUGCAGCCGGUUUAGCAGAAGGUUAUAGAGGUUUACCUGAUUUAAAUGCAGCAAAAUUCAUAACAAAUUGGUACGUUGAUCCUGAAAAUUGGAUUAAAAAAGAUUCUGGAAAUGAAGAAUGGAGAUCUGCAGGUUGGAAAGGACCAAGAGAUAGAAUGUAUAGAUCAGGAGAUUUAGGUAGAUAUUUACCUGAUGGUAAUGUUGAAUGUUGUGGUAGAGCAGAUGAUCAAGUUAAAAUUAGAGGAUUUAGAAUUGAAUUAGGUGAAAUUGAUACUCAUUUAUCACAACACCCAUUAGUUAGAGAAAAUGUUACAUUAGUUAGAAGAGAUAAAGAUGAAGAACCAACUUUAAUCUCAUACAUUGUACCAAGAGAUUCUCCAGAAUUACAAUCUUUUAAAUCUGAAAUUGAUGAAGAUGUUGAAGAAGCCAAUGAUCCAAUUGUUCAAGGAUUGGUUGCUUACAGAGAAUUGAUCAAAGAUAUUAAAGCAUACUUAAAGAAGAAAUUAGCAUCAUAUGCUAUUCCAACAAUUAUAGUACCAUUAACUAAAUUACCUUUAAAUCCAAAUGGUAAAGUUGAUAAACCAAAAUUACCAUUCCCCGACACUGCUCAAUUAGCAGCAGUUUCAAAAUUAAGUACAUCAGCCAAAGAUCUUGAAGCAGCUGAAAAAGAAGAAUUAACGUCUUUGGAACAACAAAUUAAAGAUCUUUGGUUCGAAGUAUUACCAAAUAGACCAGCCACAAUAAGUAAAACAGAUUCAUUCUUUGAUUUAGGUGGUCACUCAAUAUUGGGUACAAGAAUGAUUUUUGAAUUAAGAAAAAAAUUGAAUGUUGAAAUACCUUUGGGUGUUAUUUUCAAGAAUCCAACUGUCGAACAAUUUGCAAAAGAAGUUGAAAAACAUAUUAAAGGUGGUCAAGAUUUCGAAUUAGCUGAUGGAUCAAAAACCAACACAGAGGAAGGUUCCGAAAAAGAAGCUGUUAUAGAUUAUGCUCAAGAUGCUAUGAACUUGUCAUCUACUGCUUUAAGAACAAACUAUGAAUCAUUAGCACAAUUACCAAGUGAUGGUAAAGUCAAUGUAUUUGUCACUGGUGCAACUGGAUUUUUGGGGUCUUUUAUCAUUCGUGAUUUGUUAGAGGCUAGAAAAGGUAAACUUGAUAUCAAAAUCUUCGCUCAUGUCAGAGCUUCAUCAAAAAAAGCAGGAUUACAAAGAAUUCGUCAAACUGGUAAAACUUAUGGUAUAUGGAAUGAAUCAUGGGCUAAAAAUAUCGAAGUUGUUUUAGGUGAUUUAUCAAAAGAGAAAUUUGGUUUAGAUGAUUCUAAAUGGGAUGAAUUAACUAACAAUAUUGAUGUUAUAAUACACAAUGGUGCUUUUGUUCAUUGGGUAUAUCCUUAUUCUCAAUUACGUGAUGCUAAUGUAAUUGGUACAAUAAAUGUAUUAAACUUAGCAGGAGAAGGAAAACCAAAAUAUUUUGCAUUUGUAUCGUCAACAUCUGCAUUAGAUACUGAUUAUUUUGUUAAUUUAUCCGAUGAAUUAAUUAAACAAGGCAAAUCUGGAUUACCUGAAUCAGAUGAUUUACAAGGUUCUGCAAAAGGUUUAGGUACUGGAUAUGGACAAUCAAAAUGGUCAGCUGAAUAUAUCAUACGUCGUGCUGGUGAACGAGGAUUGCGAGGAACUAUCAUCAGACCAGGUUAUGUUACUGGUUUCACUAAAACUGGUGCAUCAAAUACUGAUGAUUUCUUAUUAAGAAUGUUAAAAGGUACAACUGAAUUAGGUUAUUAUCCAAAUAUUACAAAUAAUGUAAAUAUGGUCCCUGUUGAUCACGUUGCAAGAGUCGUAACAUCAACUGCAUUGAAUCCUCCAAAAGAUAAUGAAUUAGUAGUUGCUCAUGUUACGGGACAUCCAAGAAUUCAAUUCAAUGAAUUUUUAGGUAGUUUAAAAUCAUACGGUUAUGAAAUCAAAGAGUCAGAUUAUCCUAUUUGGACAAGUAAAUUAGAAAAAUUUGUUACUGAAGAACUGAAAGAAAGUGCAUUGUUCCCAUUAUUGCAUUUCGUAUUAGAUAAUUUACCACAAGAUACAAAAGCUCCAGAAUUAGAUGAUACAAAUACGAGAACUUCAUUGAAGAAAGAUGCUAAAUAUACUAGUGAAGAUUUAAGUAAUGGUAAUGGUGUAACUGUUGAUUUGAUGGGUAACUAUAUAAGUUAUUUAAUUAAAAUUGGAUUUUUACCAAAAUCUCAAAGUAAAGGAGUUAAAGAUUUGCCAGAAGUUGAAUUAAGUGACGAAACUUUAGAAUUAAUUGCUAAAGGUGCAGGUGGUAGAGGUUCAGCAGCUAAUUAA